UAAAAAGCCUAACGGAAUCCAGACGCCAGUGCAAUUGUGCGCGCCAGGCUGCGACGGCGGCGGCGGCGGUGGCGUCGCCGAAAGCUGUAGCUCAGCUGGCGAAGUCUUCCCCUCGGGAAGCUCCCUAAUCUGUCGCCUCCGCCGCCGCCUACGCGGCGGCAGCGGCGGCGGCCUUGCUGGUGCCUCCCUCCUCUGCCACCUCCACCCCUGCCUGCUCACUUGCCGGUGCGUGGAGAAGGCGGCGGCAGCUUUGGCGGCUCCACUAUGGCGGCGGCGGGGAGGGGGGACAGUAGUUUUAAAGUAGACACCUGCCCUUGCCUCAGAGAAGAUGCCACCUGUGAUGAACAAGAAAGAUCUGCAUAUUUUACAGAUGAUUUUUGUCAAGCAUGUGGAGUGGUACUGCAGCUUGAAUCAGAAAGGAUUUCACAUUAUGAGAGUGAAAUACAUGCUCAGAAUGUUAAGUUCUAUUUUCAAGUGCAUGGGGAACAAAACAAAGUGCCUGGUAGAAAAGUGAGCAUGCAUGUUGAGAAUUCUCAGGUGUACAGAAUUGGAGAAGUCAACAGAAACAAAUUUAGUGGUUUCUGCAACAUGAGUUUUGAUUCCUCAGCUGUUGCUCAGUCUCACUAUAUGGGAAAGAGCCAUCCACAAAAUCAGAAGCAAUUACUGGAAGAACAUGACAGAGUAUCUCCAUCAGGAUGUCAACCAAAGAUGGAUAAACCCAAUACUACUUCAGCAGCACCAACCUUCCUAAAGUCUGUUAUUGUGAAGCCUCCUCCAGCCUAUAGAAUGAGAACCUACGUAUGCCAUAUCUGCAGUAUCACCUUUACAUCUUUACAUAUGUUCCGGUCCCACAUGCAAGGAAGUGAACAUCAAAUUAAAGAAUCUCAUGUUAUCAGUCAAGUAAAGAAUUCAAAGAUGAUGCAAGAGUCUUACCAAGGUGAAUGUGCAGAUUAUAUCAAAAUGAAAUCUAGAGAACUAGAGUCCAAGGCUCAUUUCAGGAAGAUGGAAGAUAAUUACUUGGAAGUCCAUGGGUACAGAGAAAUGGUUGAUUCCAGACCCAGACAUAAAAUGCCUGAACAAACACUUCCACUUGAAAAUUUCUGGGCACACCCAGGACCAUACAAUAAUUCUCGAGCAGUAGAAGACCAGUUACCUCAUUGUUCACCAGCACAGUCAAAAACAUAUGACUCUUUCCAGGAUGAGCUUGAAGAUUACAUCAAAGGGCAGAAGGCCAGAGGACUUGAUCCCAAUAUUAGUUUUAGACGGAUGACAGAAAACUAUAGGUAUAGGGAUCAUAGGUACAGAGAAAGGGUUGAUUCUGAACACAGACAAAGGGUAUGUGAGGAAAGAUUUUCAUUUGAGUGUCCACAGACCUACCAGCGACAAUACAAUGGUUCACCAGUGGAAGGCCAGUUACCUCACUGGUUGCCACCUCAUUCAGGGAGGAGAAAUGAUGAUUUUCAAAAUGAAUUUGAUGAUUACAACAAGGUGCAGGAAUCUAGAGAACUUAAGCCAAAGACUUCUUUUAGAAGAAUUGAUAGUGCUGUUGAAACUCAUGAUUACAGAGAAAUGGUUGACAGAAGAUCUAAGCAUAGAAUGUUUGAGCAAAGAUUCCCAUGUGAGGCUUUCCAGACUUACACAGAUCCAUACAACAAUUCACAAGCUAUAGAAAACAAGUUACCUCAUUAUUUACCAGCUUAUGAGAGCCAACAGAGCUUAGACUCUGAUAGCUACUAUCAUUUCACCAGAGAUUAUUUCUCAGAAAAACCUGUUCCCCUGAGCCCUAGUCAGCAAGAAAAUAACCCUGGCUCCCACAGUGUAGAAUAUGACAUUUACAAGCAGCUGCUGCCCCCAUAUGACAGUGCCAGUGCCCAGGAAACAAGUCAUAAAAGACGACAUCAGAAGAGAAGGCGACACCUGGGGGAAGAGAAAGAAAGGCCAGAGAAGGAACAGUCCAAGCAUAAAAGAAAAAGGAGCUAUCAGGAUAAAGAUUUAGACAAAGAGAAGAGCAUCGAGCAAGCAAAAGAAGAGGAAGAUAAAGCUGGAGUCAGUUCUGAAAAAAUCAAGCAUAGAAAAAAGAAAAGAAAACAUGAAGCAUCCUCAGAGAAAGAAGAACGUAAGCACAAGAAAGAGAAAAAGAAAUCUGUUGAAGAGAGAACAGAAGAGGAAAUCCUUUGGGAUGAGUCAAUUCUUGGGUUCUGAACUUAUAGGAUACCCAAGAAUGGCUAAGAGAAAACAAACCUGAUUUAGAUAAAGACAGGACUAGCUAGUGAAGUUAAGGGAAGGGAGGUAUAAUAACAGCUCAAAAACCUUUAGGGCUUUUGUUUGCAAAAAUUGAAAUUGAACAUGAGAAACACAAGACAUCUAAAUCCAGCAUUUAAGAAAAUGUUUUGAGGUAAACCUACUCAAGAAUUUUGAACUUUUAGUUUUACUUACAGAAGAGUGAAUCAAGAAAAUCUGUUGGAAAAUUUCCAAGUAAAUUUAGAUAAAAUCAAACACUUCAACUAAAGAGAAGAAUUCACAAAACAGUCUCUCUCUCUCCCUCUCCCUCUCCUCUCUCUCUGUCUCUGUGUAUGUAUGUGCGUGUGUCCUCUACUCUGCUUUCCUCUCUUACCUACUCCCCCCCACACACAUGUCAUCCCCUCCUUUCAAAAUGUAAUUGAAAGAAGGGCCACAAAGUCUAAACCUAGCCUUCAAGAAGCAAGAACGUAAUACUAAGAAGAAUGGGAGAAGAAGAAACCUACUGAAGAAAAUCCAGAAUAUGCAGUGCUUUCUACUUUGCCGUUUUGUUCCUUUAAGGUUGAAGAAAGUUUGAACACUUUUGGUUUAAUGAAAUUUGUGUUAUUUGUGUAUUUGUACAUGUGUACAGUAAAUCGCUAACAAAAGCCAGAUGGAGUAAAAAUAUUCAAUAUGCUUUUUGAAACUUACGUUCUCUGAUUUUCUAAGAAAGAAAACUUAUUCUAUUGCUUAUAUAUAUAAUAUGGUUUUCUUAAGUAGAGGUGUUUCUACUUGGUGCAUCAAGUUGCAAUGAAAAUGAGUUGUUUGCUCAUGGAAAUAAUGUACUUAAAAUGGUGAAUUACAAAGCAGUCUACAGCCAUACCCCCCUGAAUUUUUCCCAGUCUUGUUUGAUUUUGGAAGAACGGUCAGACCUGUGGGAGACCAGACUUCACAGAACCCAUUCCUUUUAGAAUUUGUGUUUGUAUUGGUGGUAUUUUACUACUAUUGUGUGUUAAUGUUUCUGUUUUCUCCAAUGAAAAUGUAUGAAGCAACUUAGAGCUUUUUGUUAAAUCUAAUUUGCAGUGUAUUUUUGUAUUUUCUAGUUCUGAAAGUGGAAAAUUCGUGUAUAAUAAAUUAGAUGAUAUAUACUUUUAAAAUGUUCUCCAAAGGGCUGAUAGAAAUCAGUCUAUAUUCUGAAAAAUGUUUAUAUUAAAGUGUUUUAAUUUCUAAA